AUGUCGCUCUUUGCUGCCCGAAAUAUAGACACUCAGAAAACUAACACGAUGGCGAGCGAAGGAUACCCACAACCGCAGUAUGCGGUGCCGCAAGCUCCAGCCUCCGCUAAUUUGAAUCAGGGCUAUGGCGUCUCACAAUUGAACCAGAACUUCAAUGCCAUGAACAUUCAACAGCCAGAGCAAGUCGUUGACCCAGCCACAAUGGGCCAAGGGAAUUUGCAUGCCCAAACCAACGGAGUCUACCCUCAGCAAUAUGCUGCAACUCCUGUGCAGCCAGCAGGUCAAUACGGAGAGGUCUCCCAGUACCCCGCGCAAUACGGCCAGCCAGCCGCCCAACCCCCUGUUUCUCAGUAUGGCGGUGCUCAACGUGCCGAUGUGGCAGCCACCGCAGGCGGCAUGGGUGGUGCUUCCGGGCCAGUGGGGUAUGGGUAUGGUGUGGGUAGCUCCCCGCAAAUGGGCAGCGCUCAAGCAUUGCAUUUGAACCAGUUGUACACCACGGACUUGUCGAAAGAGUUGCCACCUUCAAUCAGCGACUUGUCGUUGCCACCACCCCCACUUGUUUUGCCCAUUACUGCACAGAUCAUUCCAACGUCCACGACGGCAAAUGCGUCGCCCGAAUAUUUCAGAUCCACAUUAAACGUGGUUCCUACAAACGGGUCUCUCUUGAAGAAGUCGAAGUUGCCCUUGGCCUUGGUCGUCAGACCAUACAACAGUUUGCACGACGAGACCGAGGAAGUCCCAGUGGCCAAAGACACCAUCAUUUCUAGGUGUCGUCGGUGCCGGGGCUACAUCAAUCCUUUUGUCUCCUUGACAGAGGGUGGCAGGAGAUGGAGAUGUAACUUCUGUAACUUGCAGAACGACAUCCCCACAGCUUUUGACUUUGACGAGUCAACACAAAAGCCAACCAACCGCUACGAGAGGGUAGAGUUGAACCAUGCGGUCACUGAGUUUGUUGCGCCCAAGGAGUACAUGGCCAGAACUCCUCAGCCAAUAGUUUACACUUUCAUUAUCGACGUGUCUUCGGAGGCAAUUAACUCGGGAUUGACUUCCACUGUUGCGAGAACUAUCUUAGAGAGCUUGGACAGAAUCCCAAAUGAGAAUAAGACUGCAAGAGUCUUUUUCAUUGGUGUCGACUCGUCUUUGCACUACUUCAGAUUCAAAGAGGGGUUGGACGAUGCUCCCGAAAUGCUAAUUGUUUCGGACAUCGAUGACCCUUUCUUGCCAUCUCCCGAGGGCUUAUUGGUCAACUUAGAAGAGAACAGAAGGUCGGUUGAAAAGUUGUUGCUUGAUUUCCCUGCCUACUUCGAAGGUACUGCAAACAAGCAUUUCGCAUUGGGCCCCGCUUUGAGAGCUGGCCACAAGAUGAUCUCAAGCAUUGGUGGAAAAUUAAUAGUGUUUUCCUCCAGCUUGCCAAGUAUCGGAGAGGGCAAAUUGGCGACCAGAGACGAAGGCGCACACUCAGGAAAGCCAAAGGAAUCUCAAGCCUUGUUGAACGCUGCAGACUCCUUUUACAAGUCUUUUGCAGUCGAAUGUAAUUCAGCUCAAGUAACAAUUGAUUUGUUUUUGACGGGCUCCAAGUACCAGGAUGUGGCAACCUUGUCCAACUUACCUCGCUAUACCGCUGGUCAAACCCACUUCUAUCCUUCGUGGUUGUGCACGAAGAUAGAGGAUGUCAACAAAUUGUCCAAGGAAAUCAGCGAGCAUUUGUCUAUGGAUAUUGCGUUGGAGGCUGUGUUAAGAGUCAGAUGCUCCACAGGCUUCCGGAUGAGCGGAUUCUUUGGAAACUUUUUCAACAGAUCAUCCGACUUGUGCUCAUUCCCAACAUUUCCUCGGGAUCAGAGUUACGUGAUCGAAGUCAGUAUAGAGGAGACUAUCGUGAAGCCGAUGGUGUAUUUCCAAGCCGCCGUCCUACAUUCUACAUGCUUUGGUGAGAGAAGGAUCAGGGUCAUGAACUUGGCGAUCCCCACCUCAUCGAAAUUGGAUGACAUUUAUGCAUCAGCAGACCAAUUGGCCAUUACAAACUAUUUCACGCACAGAGCCAUUGAGAAAGGUUUAUCCAGCUCGUUAUCUGCUGCUAGGGAUUAUUUGACCAGGUCCUUGGUAGAAAUUUUGAACGUUUACAGAAAAGAUUUGGUCCCCGGGAAUGUUACCGGUUCAUCACCCCUUCUAUUAUCCACAAAUUUAAGAAUGCUUCCAUUGUUAUUAUUUUCGUUGACAAAGCAUUUGGGUUUCAGAGAGCAAAGAGUUCCUGCCGAUCACAGAGCUAUUGCCUUAAACAAUUUGGGGUCUUUGCCCCUCCCUCAGUUGAUCAAGACUAUUUACCCGACAGUCUACUCUUUACAUAGCAUGCCAGACGAAUGUGGGUUACCCGAGGAAAUUGUGCAAGUGAACGAGGUAACAGGCGAAAAAGAAGUUUUCACAAGCACUGAGAUUUUGUUACCCGACCCUAUCAAUGAUACGAAGGCAUCCUGGGAAACUUAUGGUCUUUACUUGAUGGAUAAUGGCUCUGAAUUGUUCUUGUGGGUUUCAGGUGAUGUGGUACCAGGUCUCGUCGAAGAUUUGUUUGGUACCGAUAACUUGUAUUCUAUUCAAACGGGAAAGACGGAAUUACCUGAAUUUUCAUUCGAAGAAUCUCAAUUUAACUUUAAGGUUCGCCAAAUUAUCGGCAAGAUCAGGGAGCAAAAAGAUUCGAUUUUGUGGAAGAGUUUAUACAUCAUCAUUGGAGGUUCCUCUAUUGAACCAAUGGAAAUGACUCAGCAGCGUGACUUGAUGGCCUUGCGCUUAUGGGCGUUGAGUUGCUUGGUGGAAGACAAAUCUCAAUUCGAGCAAGGUUACAGAGAGUUCUUGGCCACCUUGAGGGCAAAAAUUACUGUUUAA